GUCGCGAUGGAUGUUUUAUAUUGAGUAUUCGUUUUUACGCGGUUGAUUUUUAGUCUCCGUGCUUAAUAAAAAGAAAAAAGUUUGAUAACGUAAAUAUUCCUGUGAUAAAUUGUUUAUAUGUGACCAUCUCUCACCGAGCUGGAAGACUUCCGGCAAAUGGAGUAUUUUGCGGAAAUCCUUGAGAGCUUAUGGUGGUUACGCGGUUGACACUGAUGUUGUUGGGAGGAUUCGAAUGCAAAAUGUCAAGUGGUGACAAGACUUCACCAGGCCUAACCAUCGAUCGCGCCGCUUUUCUACUUCUUCGAGUGAAAAAUGCGUUCAAGAAGAAAAAGAAGCAACAAAAGGAGAAAAGCUGGAGGUUACUGGCACCAAUCAACGUGUACCAUGGGUUAGAAGUUAACAUGGACGUACGAAACGAUGAGCUGAUAGAGAGAACAUACGGUAUCGUUGUUACUCAAUUGAUCGACGUGAUGAAUGUUUUAACAGGAUUGAUGAAAAAAACUGAGGAUGACUUUAAAAAAGUAAAUAGAAGAUUGAGAAGAAAACGGAGGAAGGAUUCAGAUGAAGAUCCAAAUGAUGCUUCAUCGGUUUUGUGAUGCAUCAACGGCAACAAAGAACUGAAAAUUAAUAAAAUGAUUCAACUAUCUAUUAAGAAUUGGCAUUAUAAUGAAGAGAUAUGAUAAAUAAAUAAAAAUAAAUAUA